CAUUGCUGUUUGUACUUGACAGAGUUUGUCCUUGUUCCUUUUCUAGUUCUUCUAACUAUUGAAAGCUGUGUUGGAAGAACACUUCCAAGUAAAUUAUCUGAUAGUACUAAACAGCCCCUACAAACAUCUCGACCAUAUAACAUUGCUCAUCGAGGUUCAAAUGGAGAGUUUCCUGAAGAAACUGCUGCUGCAUACAUGAGAGCUAUUGAAGAGGGGGCAGAUUUCAUAGAAACAGACAUCCUCGCCACUAAAGAUGGUGUGCUGAUAUGCUCCCACGAUGUAACACUUGGUGAUAGAACAAAUAUUGCAAACUUUAGUCAGUUUGCUGAUAGAAAAAGAACCUACGAGGUUCAAUAUGUGAACAUGACUGAUUGGUUCGUAGUUGACUUUACACUGGAAGAAUUGAAGUUAUUAGGGGUGAACCAACGGUUCAGUUUUCGAGAUCAACAAUAUAAUGGGAAGUUUCCAAUUAUCACCUUCGAAGAGUACAUAUCAAUUGCACUGGAUGCAAAAAGAGUGGUUGGAAUAUAUCCGGAAAUAAAAAAUCCUGUUUUUGUCAAUCAACGUGUCAAAUGGUCAGAUGGGAAGAAGUUUGAAGACAAAUUUGUGGAGACACUGAAGAAAUAUGGAUACAAAGGUUCAUAUGGUUCAAAAGAAUGGCUGAAACAACCUGCCUUUAUUCAGUCAUUUGCUCCAUCUUCACUCACAUAUGUUGCAAACCUCACUGAUUUGCCCAAAGUUUUCUUAAUUGAUGAUGUGACAAUACGAACAGAAGACACCAAUCAGACAUAUUAUGAGCUUACUUCAGAUAGCUAUUUGGAUUUUAUAAAGAACUAUGUGAUUGGAAUUGGACCAUGGAAGGAUACAGUUGUUACUACAAAAAACAAUUAUUUGGAUGAAGUAACUGAUCUUGUUGCCAAAGCACAUGCUCGUGGCCUACAGGUGCACCCAUAUACUUUCCGGAAUGAAAAUUCUUUCCUACACUUCGACUUCCACCAAGAUCCAUAUGUUGAAUAUGAUUACUGGAUAAACAAGAUUGGAGUUGAUGGACUCUUCACUGAUUUCACAGGAAGCCUCCAUAAUUUCCAAGAAAAGACAUCCCCUCUCUCCUAAAAAUUAAGAUAGUA